AUGAUUGGAGAGGAGGAAAAUUUUGCAAAGAUAUUUGGUUCAAGCAAAAAGGAUAUUUAUCAUCAUCGUCGUCAAUCAAUCAAUCUUGAUAAAAAGAAAGAGAAAGAUAAAGGAGGUGGAGGAUCCAACUCUACAUCUACUUCAGGUACGAGUGGUGGUAAUAACAACAACAACAACAACUCUGCAUCUGGAGAGGACAACAACAACAAUAGUGGAGGAGGUGGAGGAGGAGGAGGAAUAAGUAAAAAAGAAAGAGACAGAAUGAUAUCUUCAUCGUCGCCUUCCAAUUCCUCAUCAUCUCUGUCUCUUCAACAACAGCAACAACAACAGCAACAACAACAACAACAAGAGAAAUAUCAUAAUUGGACAAAGAAACAUUUCUCACAUCCUCCUUAUUGUUUUAUUUGUAAUAACCUUAUUUGUAAUAUCGGUAAAUUAGCUUUAUGUUGUUCAAAUUGUAAUCUAACUUCACAUUUUGAAUGUAAUACCAACUUUAAAACGAUACCUGGAUUUUGUGUGAUUGUUAAACACGAUUGGUCAAGAGAGAGAUUUAACGAUUCUCCCAUUUGUUCAGGUUGUAAUAAUAGUAUAGUUUCUGCAAAAGAUAAAUCAUCUGGUUAUAAUUGUACAAAAUGUUUAUUUAAAUGCCACAAAUAUUGUAGGAAUCUAACAAGUAAAUGUGAACCAGUAUCGAAAUCAUUAUUUUCAAUUGUAAAAUCAUCGAUUGAUUCGAGUCUGAGUUUGGGUACACUCGGCAAUCUAGGCAACUUGGCCAGUAUGUCGUCGUCGGCCAUUACAUCAUCUUCAUCAUCUUCUAAUCUAAGUGGCAUUGCUUCGGCUGGUGGUAGUGGUAGUCACACUAGUUUAAAUGCAUCUCAAGUUGCCACUUUAAACAAUAAGGAAAAACAACAAUUGGAAUUAAACUUUAAAAAUAACGAUAUUAAUAAUAAUAAUAAUAAUAACAGUAAUAAUAACAGUAACAAUAGUAAUUGUAACCAAAAGGAUCAUAUAUGUCAUCAUAAUUGUAUAAAUAAUCAAAACAGCAGCGGUAGUAACCCAAAUAGUACACCAAAUUCAUCAACCUCUUCACCAACACUAAACUCACCAACUCAUUUCACACCCCUCUCUCCUAAAACUACAUCUGCCAAUUCAAUUAGUAAUAAUCAAAAUCAACAACAACAACAAAAUAAUAAUAAUCCCAAUAUUUUAUGGACACCUCCAGAUAAUCCUACAUCAUUGAGACCUACAUCAUUGACCAAAUCAUAUGACCCACAAUCAUUGACAUCGUUAAACAAGAUAUCUUUGGGUGGUUCUAUAUCUCUUACUCAUAGUACUCUAUUACCUCAACCAACCAAUGGGGGUGGUGGUCAUUCUGGAUCACAACAAUUGAUUCAAGAUACAUUAUCAGAGUUGGAUGGAAUUUCGUUUAAUUUGGCAGCUGCAACAACCAACCAAAAAUUAUUGUUUGUUGAACAGCAAGACACAGCACCAGCAGCAACAACAACACCAGCAGCAGCAGCAACAGCAACGCGACAAUAUGCUGUCGAGCAGCUCGAGCUCCAACGGCAGCACGGGGUCGGCGACCAGCAGCACGCUGACGAGCAGCAUGUCGUUUUUGGCGAUGAACGGCAGCGCGCAGUUUACCAGCAACUCUAA